UCUGCUACCAUGGUAACAUCAAACGUUACAGAGGAACUGAAAGUGAGUCGUCAACAUUGUGAAGUGAUUUAACUAUUUAAUGAAUGAAUUUCAUGUAUAUUUAAUUCAAAUUCGUUAUUUAAACAUUUUAGUGUGUUGAAAACGACUCUUUUAACUGGAGUAAAUUUUAGCGGUAUGUCUCAGAGUCAGUCUUCACGGAGACCCAGGAGCAUGUAUCCUCCGGUGAAGCCGGUGAACGCCGCCGCUGACGGGCAGAAAAUGCGCAGCAUCAUCGCGGAGGAUCCUGAUUGGUCGCUGGCGCUGGUUCCUUUUCUAACAACACUGUGCCUACAGCAUAUUAUAAACCACUUUGAAGAGAACCCCAUUCUGGAUCAACUCAUGCCCAACUAUAAAGCAUAUGUCCUCCAGCGCCUGCCAGUGUCUCUUCCAUUGACUGUCACCGCAAACCUCAUCAGUGAUGAGGGCUAUUGGAAGCGUUGCUGUGAAUUUCGUUGGCGUCUCUGCGACGUCUCUACAUAUGACAACAGCUGGAAACGCAUGUUCUUUGAGCGUCACCUAGAGAGCAUCAUUGAACUGUUCAUUCCAGAUGCAACCGACACCAAGACAAUCCUGGAUCUGGUGCCACUGUGUCAAAACUACGUAAAGCGUCUUAAUGUUUCUCAGCUGCUGCCGCCCAUCAAAGAGCCGCCCAGGUUUGACGAGGACGACGGUUCGGAUUGUGCCAGCGAUAUGGGCAGUGAAGGACCCUCCAUGGAUCACUUUGAUUUCCGCAUUCUGCUCGAAAAACUGCCGAAUCUGGAAGAGCUCAAUGUGGUGUAUGGAGUGAAAGGAUGCGGCAUGAACUUCGAGUGGAAUUUGUUUGAGUUCACCUUCAGAGACUGUGAAUCCCUGGCAAAAGCCCUCAAUUCCUGCAAGACUUUACAGGUCUUCAGGAUCCAUCACAGUAAGGUGGAUGAUGAGAAGUGUUGCAUGCUCGUGAGUCAACUGCUGGAUCACCCGUCCCUGCAGGAGCUGGACUUUUCACAUAAUCAUAUCAGUGACCGCGGAGCCCGAGCCAUCGGGAAACUUCUGAACCGCAGUCAGCUGAAGAGGCUUGUCAUCUGCAACAACCAGAUAAGAGGUUCAGGAGCUCAGGCACUGGCUCAUGCUCUGGCCAGAAAUGCCACCCUGACGUCCCUCAACCUGAGGCUCAACCGAAUCGGGGAUGAAGGGGGUCAAGCUCUGGCUCAGGCUUUGAUGAAGAACAAGACCUUGGUGAACCUUCACCUGGGGGGAAAUAACAUGACAGAGCCCACGGCUGUGGUGCUUUCUCAGGCCUUGGUGGAGAACUGGACCCUCAAGAGCCUAAACCUGUCCAACAACAGACUGGGAGUCGACGGCGGGAAGCUUCUGGAGGAAGGGAUGUCCCACAACAGCAGUCUGGUGGAGUGUGACAUUCGGCUGACACAUGUGGGUCAGGACAGUGAGUACUGCAUCACUCAGGCUCUACGCGCCAAUCAGAUCCAGGCAAAAAUCAAACACAACUAUGAUCCCAAUGCCAAAGUCUAAACCAUACAUGCUGUGAAGAAUUACUGUAAACAAAUUAAAAAAUGACCAAAAUUG